AUUCCUGAAGCCAGUGCCAAUUUAUUUUCUGUGAUUACAUUUUGGUGGGCUAAUAGCUUAAUGAGCUUGGGUUAUAAACGUCCUUUGGAAAAAGAAGAUCUUUACGUGCUGAAUGACGCGAGAACUUCUAAAAUUCUUACCGAUAAAUUCGAUGUAGAAUGGAAGAAAGAAACUCAAAAAGUUGGAAAGAACCCAUCUUUAGUAAAGGCUUUAUAUAGGGUUGUAGGGGCUAAAUUUUUCUUGGCAGGAGUUUGUAGAAUUGUUAGUGAUACAAUCCAAGUUUUUUCUCCUUUAAUUCUAAAGUUAUUAUUGAAUUUUGUCACUGAAGCGUAUACUUCAAACUUUGAUAGUGGCCCGCAACCACCUGUUUAUGUUGGCUAUUUAUUAGCCGUCGCCAUGUUCUUAAUGCAAAUGAGUGUUACCGUUUUACAAAAUUUAUAUUUUUAUUUUUCAAUGGAAACUGGUGUCCUCACUCGCUCUAUUCUUAUAACUGCAAUCUAUCGAAAAGCUUUAGUAAUAAGUGGAAAAGCUAGAAGUUUAUUUACUAAUGGAAAGAUUACUAAUUUAAUGUCUACUGAUACUACGCGUAUAGACUUUGUAUGUGGUUACUUUCACAUAAUUUGGGCGGCUCCUAUUCAAAUUUGUAUAGCAUUGGGUUUAUUAAUUGUAAAUAUUGGUCCAUCUGCAUUGGCUGGUUUUGCUUUAUUAGUAUUAGUAGGUCCUAUGCAAGGAAAGGUUAUGUCAUUAUUAGCACGUACCAGAGUUAAAGCUGCUGCUGUUACCGAUGAAAGGGUAAAAUUAACUCAAGAAAUUUUAUUGGGGAUUAGAGUUAUUAAAUACUACGCUUGGGAAGAGAGUUUCGCUGAUACUCUUCAUAAAUUAAGAAAUAGAGAAGUUAGUUUGGUUAGACUCUUGUUAAUUAUUAGAGCUGCUAUUAGUGGUGUUUCCAUGGUCGUUCCAGUGUUUGCUAGUAUCUUAGCAUUUAUAACAUUCUCAUUGACUGGAGGCGAACUCACCGCUGGAAUAGUAUUCUCUUCUUUGGCAUUAUUCAACAUUCUCCGAUUACCCUUAAUGUUUAUACCAAUGGUGAUAGCCUCUGUUACUGACGCUUAUGUAUCUAUGAAUCGAAUAAAUGAAUUUUUACAAUCUGAUGAAUUAACAGUAUUACCAGAAAUCGAUCCUAACGAACAAUAUGCUAUUAAAGUUACUGAUGGUGAAUUUAUUUGGGAAACUCCUGAUAGUACUUCUGAUACUUCUACAGCUUUAACUCCUGCUGAUUCGGCUGAAAAUCUUGAAAAUUCUAAACCAUUUUCUCCAAAAUCUCAACUUCGUGAUAUUAAUGUUUUAAUACCUCGUGGAAAGCUGAUUGCCGUUAUUGGUUCCGUAGGGUCUGGAAAAUCUUCUCUAUUAUCAGCUCUGGUUGGUGAAAUGAAAAGAAUUAAAGGAGAUGUCGUAUUUGGUGGAAAUGUUGGAUAUUGUCCUCAAUCUGCGUGGAUUCAAAAUGCCACACUCAGGGAUAAUAUUACUUUUGGAUUACCUUUUGAGGAAAAAAAAUAUCGACAAGUGCUUAAAGAUUGUUGUCUAGAACCGGAUUUGAAAGUUUUACCUGCUGGUGACAUGACCGAAAUUGGUGAGAAAGGAAUUAAUUUAUCCGGAGGAUCUGUGUAUUAUGAUGCUGAUAUUGUGUUAUUAGAUGAUCCAUUAUCGGCAGUCGACGCACACGUUGGAAAGUAUUUAUUCACAAACUGUAUUCAAGGUGCACUUGCCAACAAAACGCGUAUACUUGUUACGCAUCAUUUACAUUAUUUACCACAUGUCGAUUAUAUAAUAUGUAUGGAGGAAGGUGAAAUAGCUGAACAAGGAACUUACGAAGAAUUAAUGAAAGAAGGAAAAGCUUUUUCCAAAUUGAUUGCUGAAUAUGGGUUAAUGUCAACGGAGGAACAAUACAGAGGUGCAGUGAAUAAUGAGGUAUAUUUUACAUAUUUUAGAAACGCGGGAGGAAUGCUAUUGAUACCUUUUAUUAUUUUCCUGCUUAUAAUGAUGCAAGUAACAAAUAUUGGAAAUAAUCUGUGGCUUUCGUACUGGUCCAGCAAUACGUUUAACCUUUCAUUAGGGGUUUAUAUUGGUGUUUAUUGCGCAUGGGGAGCUGCUCAAGGAAUUUUUAGCAUUAUUUGUGGUAUCGUAUUUUCCUAUAGUGGUGUCAAUGCAGCUAAAAAUUUACAUAGAAACGCAAUUAAACGUGUAUUAAGAGCACCAACAAGUUUUUUUGAUACCACUCCUUUAGGAAGAAUUAUUAAUCGAUUCAGUAAAGACGUCGACACAUGUGACUCAUUACUUUCUGAAUCAUAUCGAAUGUUUUUAAUGACCUUUUCAAACGUUAUUGGAAUUUUUGUUUUAAUUGUAGUAGUAUUUGUGUGGUUCAUUAUCCCAUUGGUUCCUUUGCUCGUACUUUAUUAUUUUGCGGCUCUUUAUUAUCGGUCGACUAAUCGUGAGUUAAAACGUCUUGAUUCAGUAUUAAGAUCCUCAUUAUACGCUCAUUUUUCCGAAACACUUACGGGACUACCGACUAUUCGCGCUUAUCGUGAACAAGAAAGAUUUUUGAGAAAUAACGAGACGUACUUAGAUAUCGAAAAUAGAGCAUACUUUCUCAUUAUUUGUGUUCAACGAUGGCUUUCAAUGCGCCUUGAAACCAUUGCAAAUUUAUUAGUAUUUUUUGCAAGUUUAUUUUCAAUAAUUUUUAGAUUCACUGUCGUACCUUCAAUCACUGGAUUAGUACUGUCUUAUGCACUUCAAGUUACUGGAACUUUUAAUUGGUGUGUUAGACAAGUUGCCGAAGUGGAAGCAAAUAUGAACUCAGUGGAACGUUUAGUUCACUACAGUAAUAGUUUAGAAGUAGAAGCCGAGAAUAUAAUACUAGACAAAAGACCACCACCUGGAUGGCCAUCUCGCGGAGAACUUCACGUUAAAAAUUUGGAAAUUAAAUAUGGACCUGAUAGUCCUCUAGUUUUGAAAGGUAUCUCAAUUGAUAUUAUGGCAGCUGAAAAAGUUGGAAUUGUUGGUCGAACUGGAUGUGGAAAAUCAACGUUGGCAACAUCAUUCUUUAGAUUUGUUGAAGCAACUUCUGGAAGUAUUGUAAUUGACGAUGUUGAUAUCAGUAAUAUUGGAUUAAGAGAUCUUAGACGUAAUAUUACUAUCAUACCUCAGGAUCCCGUAUUAUUUAAUGGUACUAUAAGGAGCAAUUUGGACCCAUUCAACGAACAUACUGAUCUCGAUCUAUGGAACGCGCUUCGUCGCGUACACUUAGUUAAAAAUUCAGAUCCUACUUCAGAAAAAGAAGGCUUGGAAAAAUCAGAAGUUAUCCUUACUGAUUCUGACCAGACAAAUAACAAACAAGAACCAAUAACACUUGAAUCAUCUGUCAAAGAAAAUGGAUCAAAUUUUUCCCAAGGUCAACAACAACUGAUUGCAAUGGCUCGAGCAUUAGUUCGUCAUUCAAAAUUGAUAAUAAUGGAUGAAGCUACUGCAAGUAUAGAUUUCAGAACUGAUCACCUAAUACAAACUACAAUUAGGAAAGAGUUUGAUGAUAGUACUGUAAUCACUAUUGCGCAUAGGUUACGAACUGUUGCAGAUUAUGAUAGAAUUCUGGUUAUGGAUGCUGGAGAAGUAGCCGAAUUCGAUGCUCCAUACUUAUUGAUGCAAAAACCCGAUGGGUUGUUUAGAGGAAUGUGUGAAAGAAGUGGUGAAUUUGUAGAAUUAAUGGAAAUUGCUAAACAGAAAUAUGAGAGUGUUGAACACUUAUUUCAAGAAAAAAAAAAAACCAAAGAGUUAGUACUUGGCGCUUUAAGUAAAAAAUACUUAGUGCUCCAAAAUCUUUUUUCCUAA